AUGGCCUUACAACGCAUGCUCUGCAUCGCUUGCUUCGCCCCACUUCUCUUCGCGCUGCGAACAAGAACCAUAUCUGAGCAUGGUAUAGGGAAACUGUCUUCCCUCCCCUCGAAAGCUCAAACGCCAGCCCAAGCCAUAGAUUCUUUCGACCGCGAACUCAGCAAAGCCGAGCCCAACUGUAUCCCUACGUUCUUGUGCGGCACAACGUUGGAAACACCACAAAACACUGAGUUUUACCGACAAGCACUACGAAGAGACCAGCAUCGAAGGAAGCCCGAGGAGCUCCAGGCAAUCGAUAUCGCCUGGCUAGAUAAACAGUGGGGCGGACCAGACUGGCUCCCACAGGACGUCCGACUUGCAUGCUCACAGCCUGGGGUGCCGUUUGAGCCUUCUGCUGAGUUUCUCAUCCACAUGAAGAAGAUUACGAGGCUGGCGCAAGUAAACGGCAUCAGCCUGGAUAUACUUUGGGCAAACGAUGGAGAUCUGAGAUAUGCGGCUACUUCUCAUUUGGCUGGAAUAGGGCAGAAGGCGAUUGUCUCUGAUUACAAUCGGCUGGUAUCUGGUGUUUCACGCAAGAUAAACAAGAUGGUCGCUGAUUGUAUCAGGUUUCUCCCAUCUGCACCUGCUCCCGGCUACCACCAACAAUCUUCUGGUGUGGCGAACCAUGGUAAGAGUGUCUGCACUCACGGUAUCGACGAAGUGUCACUUGUGCCGGGGGCUGGUGCGAUCAACAAACAAGUUUUGAAACCGAUUAGACGCCACUCGACUAUCUCUGACAUACGUAAAGGAAGUAUGGUCAAACAGACAUCUCAAGAACUUACAGACUCAUGUAGGGAGGCAGCGAGUCGCAAAGAGCAGAUCCUCGUGGCGUCCCUUGCACCAGGAGAACUCCAAAGCCUUCGCGCCCAGGCUGCCAAGCACCUUGAAGAAGCGGAAGCCGAAAAGGCAGCUGCCGACUUUGCACUGGGCAACUUAAAAGGAAGAGAAGACCAGAUUCGAGAAAUUCGACAGCACAGCGAAACAUACAUACAAAACGAGAUAAGCGGCCGGGUUCCUGAAGACAGCCUUCUCAACUCGCACGUCAGGGGAGACAGAACGGUUUUCGACACUUUCAUUCAACUCAGAGACUCCUUGCUCGAAGCAUAUCCGGGUAACGUAGACCAGUCUUCCAGCGACCAGCUACGCACAAAUGCAGAAAUCACCCAAAGGUAUAGCGAUGCGAAGCAACGAUUACACACUCUGGAUCAUAUAGAAAAAGCUAGAUUCAUGCAUCACAGCUGUAACGAAAUGAGAGAUUAUCGAAAGAAGUUGCGUGACCUCGUGGAUGAGACCGGGAAGAGAUUGCAGACGAUGGAGAGGCGUGUAUCGAAUCGUUCCAAGGUGCCGAGGAAGAGAACUGGGCUUCGCUGCUUGACAGUGAGAAGUAAGGUCACCGCUAUCCUCCGGGUUGCCAUGAGUUUCGGAGGAUCUUUCCAGUAUUGCUUGUGGAUCGGAUGA